UCAGAUUUUUCAUAUUUAAUUACAUACUGGGUUAACUCCUUAAUCGAGCAACAUUGUUAUUACUACAUCUCUAUGUUGACAUAGAGACAAUUAGAACAGGAAAGUAUGUUUUGUAUUACAUAGGUUGUCUAUUGAUUUUAGCUAGAUGUUUUAAUCCCCAUGAUAAUGUUAAAACCUUAAGUUCUUUGUACAUGUGCAGUAGGAAACUGUAAUACUUCAGUGUAAGGGGAUAGCAUGAUAGAGAGGGUAUGAUGAUGAUAGAGAACAAAAUUUCCCUUUGCAGUACUGGCGGGCUUUAGGCUGAAAUAUAGCUGCAAAGUAAGUCAUGCAAACAAUGGAUGGUGAAACCCCCUCCCCCAUCUAAAUGGAACGACUGGCCAGCCGCUAUCUGCGUGUGGAUUUGGAUAAUACUGAUUUGAUAGACAUUUACAAAGAAAAAAUGCAUCCUGCCUCUUUAAGAAAUGUGGCCAUGAAGUUCCCCUAAUGUAGGUAUACACAAGAGCAGUCCUUUUAAAUGGCAUUGACAGUUUCCCUCACAGGCCACGCCUUGCGUCCGGGUACUGGUAUUGUAUUGGCUUUUGAGCAGUACACCAAGAGCCUGAUUGGUUAGGUGUUUUCGUUCGUUGAUGUCCCCGCAACUCCGAGACUUGUAACAUUGGGUUACAGUGUAGCAAAAUGGCGACUGUCAUUCAGAAUCCACUUAAAGCGCUAGGCGACCAGUUCUACAGGGAGGCCAUCGAACACUGCCGCAGCUACAAUGCCAGGCUCUGUGCCGAACGUAGCGUCCGCCUGCCUUUUCUGGACUCCCAGACCGGUGUGGCGCAGAACAACUGCUACAUCUGGAUGGAACAGCGCCACCGCGGGCCAGGAGUGGGGGCAGGACAGAUGUACACUUACCCCGCCCGCUGCUGGAGGAAGAAGAGGAGGAUGCACCCCCCCGUGGACCCCCAGCUGCGGCUCUGUGAGCUCCGACUCGAGGCGGAGUUAGCGCAGAAGAAGGAGGCUCCGCCCACGGAGAGCACUACGCUGGAGGCGCUGCUGCGAGGAGAUGGGCUGGAGAGGAAGGCACAUAGCAACGCUAAGGAGGAGGAGAGCUUGCUUGAGAUCCAGAGGGUGUUAGAGGCUGAUGAAAAUGGUGACGGUUUCCUUGAUGACGACGACUAUGAAGUGGACGUUCCCAAAAGGAAGCACAGGUCCAAGGGCCGGGGCCGGGGGUCAGGACGACGGAGGGCUGAGGCAGCUUCCAGCGAUGACCAGGACAAGCCCUACGUCUGCGACAACAGAUACAGACAAAAGCAUAACUCACACACUGCUGGUCCAGUCUGUGGGAAGCGCUACAAGAACCGCCCGGGCCUGAGCUACCACUACGCCCACACCCACCUGGCCGAGGAGGAGGGCGAGGACGAGAGGGAUCCUGAGCCGGCCUCGCCCCCUUACCACCCCGACAACCACAAACCUCACAAAGGCCCCGACGGGACCGUCAUUCCCAACGACUACUGUGACUUCUGCCUGGGGGACUCGGACUCCAACAGGAAGACCGGCCAGGCGGAGGAGCUGGUUUCCUGCUCGGACUGCGGGCGCUCCGGCCACCCUACCUGUCUGCAGUUCUCGGACAGCAUGAUGCAGGCCGUGCGCACCUACCAUUGGCAGUGCAUUGAGUGCAAGUCCUGCAGUCUGUGCGGCACGUCCGAGAACGACGACCAGCUCCUGUUCUGCGAUGACUGUGACCGUGGUUACCACAUGUACUGCCUGAAGCCCCCUAUGACCCAGCCCCCUGAAGGGAGUUGGAGCUGUCACCUGUGCUUGGACCUCCUGAAGGACAAGGCCUCAGCCUUUAUUGGGCCUUAGUGCCACCAGUACACUGAUACACAUCUCACUGCUACUGACGCAGUGAUACUGAUACACAUCUCACUGCUACUGACAUAGUAAUGCUGACGCACAUCACACUGCUACUGACAUAGUAAGUACUGACACAAAUCACACUGCUACUGACACAGUGAUACUGAAACAUCACACUGCCACUGACUCAGUGAUCCUGGCACACAUGCUGCAGAGGAUUAAAAAUGUAAAUGCUCUUUGAUUGGAAUUUGGAAUAGUUUAAAUAGUUUACAUAUCCACUGUUGUUUGUGCCAAGUAACAAUACAUAGCCAAAAUAUUGCAAUAAUGCACUCACAUAUGGACACUGGUGCAUGCAUGUGGACUACCAACAUGCACACACAACACACACAACACACGCACACACACACACACACACACACAUUAUUUUUUCUCUCUGUAACACACAGAGCCUAAUUGCUCUUGAAACGUAAUUGUAUAAAAAGACAUCAAUAGCACUGACCUCAAACUGACCACGUGAUGUGGACAUUCUCAUGAAAUGAUCACACAGUGUGGACAGAUUGACCUCAAACUGUUUGUACACCAACCAGAAAAGAACCAUACGCUUACCUCAAAUUGACCAUGAACAGGGUUUCUGUGGUCUGUCCUUCCUGUUUAGCACUAUUCUUCUAUUCUGUCAAUAAUAGCAUAGAUGCUAUCAUGCUCAUCGUAUUAUGUUGAGUUUACUGUACAUUUGUCUGGAGUGGCAUAUCAGACAAGACAGAGCUUGUAAAACAUUGGCUUUGGACCAUUAGUGGAACAAACAGUCCCACAUAUUGAAAAUGUGAUUUUGGCUAGUGUUCUUGUGUUGUUACAUAUAUGUUCAGUAUUUUGAGUCCACCUCAUAGAGGUGGAGCAAAAACAAUGACCAAGCAUUUCACAAACAGAAAACAUGAGAUGCAUGUUUCUUUUGCUCUUUUCAGCAAUGCUGAAAAUACAGAAACUGUUGCUUGAGCUGUAUAUGGUCCAUUUCAAUUCCAUUUUUAAUAUUCAGCCUUUUGGCUUGUUUUUAACAUAUGCCAAAAUGUUUACGGGCCAAAUGAUCUAUAGCGUAAUGUCCAUACAUAAUAAUAAUAAUCUCCCAAACCCAAGCCCAUGCUGGCUGUCCCUGUAAAUAUAUGUCUUAUGUCUCUUUAUGUUUCUAGGUGGCAUUUUACAACAUGCAACAUAUGAUGUUAUUUAGUAUUUAAAUUAGAAAGGAUGUAUUUAUUCAUAGUUAAAGGGAUGCUCUGAGCGGUUUAUAUCAAUGAUUUGUAAACUGAGGUUUGGAUAACCGAAAACCUCAAAAUAUUGUACAAUUAGAGAGAAAACAAUAUUCCUUUGUAAUUGAGGUUGUUCCUUUUUGAUUAUUUAAGAAAUCCAUUCUUAAGAAUCUAAGCUGGAGUGAGAAAUUGUAACUAACUGGAAAUACAUGAUGACUACUGUGUUCUGACAAUCAUGGGAUACAAUGAAGCCGUUUAGUAUAGUUUUAGUUGUUUAGAUCUCUUAGCCAGCAUCAGUUACCGGUUGACUACUAGCCAUUUUAAAACCUAAAAGUGAUCUGACAUUUUGUAUUUGUGACCUAGGCCUUUGUAUCAUGUAGGUAAAUCUUUUUCACUGUU